AUGAUCGAAUACAAAGAAGCCGAGGUCUAUCAUAAUUAUCUGGAUGACUUCAAAGCAAUUGCCGAGCUGUCCGAUAUCCGUCAUAAUAUGAUUCUUUCCGGACUACCACAGAAAUUGGCUCAACCUUGGUACUACAUCCAAACAGAGUUAUAUACACUGUCUUUCAUGACUGAAAUGGCUGCUAUCUCGAAUCAGCUUGCAUCAAAAGUCAUGGAAGUCAACAACAAGAUAAUCGGAAAAGCUCGUCGGCGAGCUUGA